AAAAAAAAAAACGUUAAACUAACCCCCAAAAUUUGACAUUUGACAGACAGUACAAAAUGGCAGUGAGGUGAAGCACGUACAAGUUGUAUAUAUUUUCGAGAAAAAAUUUUAACGCAUCAUAAUUCGUUGGUUUUGACCUAGUUUAGGAUGGAUGUGCCCAAUUUGGACACACUUAUAUACCCCCACACACAGGGCGAGCACAGUUACUACACUUCCAUAGUAACCCAAGAAAAUGUGGUGUACGAGAUGGCUAUCGACUUAGUUAAAGUGGAAGCUAAUAACCAAGAAAUUUGGAACUUCCACAAAUGUAAAAUGUGCCCUUAUAAAACUAAGUCGUUUCAUUUAAUGCGCGUCCACUUAAAACGGCACCGAGUCACGCGCAGUUCAAAAAUUUUCAACUGUCAAAGUUGCAACGUUGAGCUAUACAAAUGCAGCGAUUGCGACUAUCGAACGAGUUUACAAAUCAUGUUCAAUAAACACGUGAAACUGAGUCAUUGCCACCCAGAAGUUAAAACAGAAAACGGCUAUCCGACCGUAUUAACAAAUCAAGUGACUUGCAAUUGGCGGAACUGUACGAAAGCAUAUAGUUGUGAAAAUUGCACUUUUACGACUUACUCUCAACUGCUAUAUGUAUCUCACUAUAGAAGGUGCCCGGCGAAGAAGCCCCCACAGACCCAAGAAAUCACUGAAAAAACCGAAGAGGAAGUGUACGGUUAUCGGCUAGUACAAAAGCAAUCCAAGCCUGAAGAAGCCCUAUUUCCGUGUUCCUUGUGUCCCUACGUGGCUAGACGCAAAACCACCCUCGAUGGACACAUGAAAGUCAAACACCCAUUUCCGAAGUACAAUUUUACCGUAUCAAAGUUGCGACAACACGUCUGUUCCAAGUGUUCCUUUAAAAGCACGAGCUACUCAUGUUUAAAAAAACACUUCAAAGUCCAGCAUCAUCCCACUUCGUCGCAGAAAAAAACCGACGCGUCGUCUCAAGAAGAGGAAACCGAGCCCGAGACGCCCCCGCCGAGCCCCCCGAAACGCCUCUUCCCAUUCAAAAAACCAACCGCAAAAGUCUAUUCAUGCUGGAAAUGCACAUUCAAAUCGGCUUUCGUAACAGGCUACGUUAACCACUUGUACUAUCGCCAUUUUCAGGAUAACGACAUAGAAUGGGUCAAGUGCGACCGGUGCUCCUAUAAAACCAUCUUCCCGUCGCACUUGAAGCGACACCUUCGCGUCAAACACCCAGCCCACUAUCGCUGUUCGUUGUGUAAGUUUUCGACUACAGUGGUGGCUCGGUUUAAGAAUCACAUACUCAACGCGCAUAUAUCUUCCAAGCAUGUGGCCGCGGAUUCGCCGCAGGAGAAAAACUUCAAGUGUGUCUCGUGUCGGUUUGAAACGGAAGACAACGAGAAGUUGAAGGAGCACAUUUUGAAGAAACAUGUCACAACGGAGACGGUCACUUGCUUCAAGUGUGAGCUUUGUGCCAAGUAUAGGACUAUCGAUGAAGAGGAUUUGAGGGAACACGUUUUGGAAAAGCACGUCGAUCCGCAGCAGAUCGAUUGGUUUCCGUGCGAGAUGUGUUCGUGCAAGUUUAGACACCAAUUGGAUCUCAAGAAGCAUAUAAUGGACAAGCAUAUUCUAUAAACCUGAUUAAUUUAAGUCAUGUAUGUAUAAAUAAGUUCGAAAGGUAUCAUAGGUUGAUUUAGCUUGAUAUUUUAAUUACUGUUUUAAUUUUUUAUUAUUAUUAUUAAAGGGAAUGACAUCA